CGGCCGUGCCUUCUGAGAACGCGCCUUCCUUGCACGCCUCCCCUGCGCGACAGCGGCCAUGGUAUCGCCCAAGGCGGAAGAGGCUUGGAGACCAAACCGGAUCGCGGGUUCAGCAAUGGCUGCGGGUGUCCCCUGCGCUCUGGUCACCAGCUGCUCGUCCACCUUUUCUGCUGACCGGCUAGUCCAAAAUAUCCUUGGAACAGAAGAUGUUAUUGUGGAAGUUACUGCCAACGAUGCUGUGAGAUUUUAUCCCUGGACCAUUGAUAAUAAAUACUAUUCAGCAGAUAUCAAUCUGUGUGUGGUGCCAAACAAAUUUCUCAUCACUGCAGAGAUUGCAGAGUCUGUCCAAGCAUUUGUGGUUUACUUUGACAGCACACAAACAUCUGGUCUUGAUAGUGUUUCUUCCUGGCUUCCACUGGCAGAAGCAUGGUUACCUGAGGUGAUGAUCUUGGUUUGUGAUAGAGUGUCUGAAAAUGGAGUAAACCGACAAAAAGCUCAAGAGUGGUGUAUCAAACAUGGCUUUGAAUUGGUAGAACUUAAUCCAGAAGAGUUGCCUGAGGAGGAUGAUGACUUCCCAGAAUCUACAGGAAUAAAGCGAAUUGUUCAAGCCUUAAAUGCCAAUGUCUGGUCCAAUGUAGUGAUGAAGAAUGAGAAGAACCAAGGCUUUAGCCUUCUUAGCUCAUUGGCUGGAGCAAACCAUAACAUUGGAUCAGCAGACACCUGCCAUUCAGAGCAGCCCUGUUUGCCAGCAGCAGAGAGGACUGAAGCUCUCUUGGAUCAUCGAGGUGGCGCAUCUAACACAGCAGACGCUCAGGUCGAUAGCAUUGUGGAUCCCAUGUUAGACCUGGAUAUUCAAGAACUAGCCAGUCUUACUACAGGUGGAGGAGAUUUGGAGAAUUUUGAAAGACUGUUUUCAAAGUUAAAGGAAAUGAAAGGUGGCCAAAGCCUUUUGGAUGGCAAUUGGGGGAGACAGAGAUGAGAUCGAAGGCCUUUCGUCGGAUGAAGAACACUAAAUUAUUCAUGCUAGGGCUUGACUAACAGAGACACUAACUCUCUCUGCCUGAGAAUCCUUCCUAACUCACCCAGUCGUCAUUUGCUGAACUUCCCAUCAUCGUGUUGGCUGCCUGAGUUGUUUGUAGGGUCCUGUUAAUUAUAGUUUUUAGUUGGGGGGGUGGUAAAGGAGAACCUUCUCCUCCCUCAGUGUACUAUAAGGGGGUGAGAAUGACAGUAGGGAGUGAGAAUUUUUGAAGUAUACUUUUUUGUUCUAGGAGCAGGAGUGGGCUAAGGCUCAAAGCCUGUGUGAUUGGAGUUAAAUCACAAGUUAAGGCCCACCAAGCCAUUUACUGGUCAGUCUUUGCAGUACCAGUCCUUCUGUUCACACUUGAUUACUGCAGAUGUGCUCCUUUUCCUGGGUAUUCUGGAUUUUUUCUUUCAAGGAACAUGCUGCUCUGAGAUUUGAUGCUUUUGAUAGGCGGGAAAGAAGAAGCUGCAGAUUUAUGCUAUAGUAUGUAGAUGAUAGGCCAAAGUGACUGGCCUUCAGGUUAGUCUCUAGUUUAAAAAAAAAAAGGCCUGGGCACUUCAAUUGAAAUAUAGUUUCUGAGCUCAUGCUAGAGAGUAUUGAGAAAGCAGUGUGAGUUUAAAUGAUGCAAGGGUUUCCUGCUCUGGUAGGGAUAAAGUAAACCCAUCUUCCGAGUUGUUGGACAUGGGGAGGGAGAGGGCAGUGUGUGUAUAAGAGAGAAAGAAACUUAGGAAUUCCCUGUAUGGGCCAUUGAAACAGUGUGAUCAUGUCCCGAGACUUUUGUAUUACCCCGAAGAAGCUUUUCUUAAGAGUUCUCCCCUGCUACAUAAGAUGUCAGAGCUGUGUUGUCACACUUCAUACCCUCAAAACAAGGCAUGUUUCUUCCUCUCUGAAAGCCAGAGAUCACUGCCAAAAUAGUAAAGCUAAGGAGUGGGCUUGAUAGGGAAGGAUGUGAAACUUUCGUUAGGCAAUGAAUCCCUGCGUACCUUGUGUUGUUUCCAGGGCCCUGUGGGUCAGCCCCAGGGCAUCUGAUCACCAAAGGGGAAGUUUGCAAAGGAAGCUUGGGAAAUACAGCAAAUAAAGUCCUCAUUUCUGUUUUUGUAAGCACUGUGUAAUGCAUGUUGUUAACCUAUACUGUGGUAGGCACUGCCAUAGCUCUAAAUGGGCUCAGGACACACGGGCUGAAAACUGCUGUUGGCUUCGUGUAGGCUGUGAACCCCUUAGGUCACCAGCAGAAAACAAGUUUCAGACCCCCCUGUGCAACACCUAAGCCCUGCAGAACCUGAAAUAGGUAGCAGAAGGAAUGGAAUGUCCCAGGUUCUGGGCCAGGCCGACCAGAGGAGCAAGCAAAGGUUUGCGUGAUUGGGACACUCAGGAAGAGCCAUUCCAGAAGACAUUGCAGGCUGUCUCACUUGAUGACUUUGUAUCCUUCUCCUUGGCUUUCUUUGAGGUGGCUGCAUCAACCAUUGAUUGGGAAUGUAAGGGAAGUUGGCUCUGGUGCUGCAAAAUGAAAGGUGGAAGAUGUCUUCCUUAAAACAAGGAAGGUUUCAGAAAGUACAUUAGGUCACAUGGUUAGGGAAAACAGAUAAGAAAAAGCUGUGAACUUGAUUUUGUGGAUUAAACAAAGCCAGGUGAUUAAAAUGUGAUUUAUUUAUAAAGUCUGCUUAUGUGCAUAUUUAAGAUUUUGUUGUUUUUUAGUGGGGAGGGGGGUGUUGGGGUGAAGCCUUCCUUUGCUGGAGUGGGCAUAAAAAGCCAAUCAUCUAAGAGUUUGUCAAACUCACUAUUUUAGAAUCUCCAUGCACAGGUAUAAUAUUAACUCAUGUCUUCAAAAUCUCAGCUGUCUGGGGAUAUUGCCCUCUUCUAGGGAACAUGUGGGAAUAAAGCAUCUGGUGGUAUUCUACUAAAGGCCCAUUUUAAGAAGCGUGAUCAUUGCAGUCUAUCUGAAGUGACCUAUGUACAUGCCACCACAAAUUAUUAUGGACUGUCCAUCUGGGAUUUAAAAUAAGAGACUCAAAAAAAAAAAAAAAAAACCAAAAACAAACAAAAGGAGUUCCCGUCGUGGCGCAGUGGUUAACGAAUCCGACUAGGAACCAUGAGGUUGCGGGUUCGGUCCCUGCCCUUGCUCAGUGGGUUAACAAUCCGGCGUUGCCGUGAGCUGUGGUGUAGGUUGCAGAGCGGCUCGGAUCCCUCGUUGCUGUGGCUCUGUCGUAGGCUGGUGGCUACGGCUCCAAUUAGACCCCUAGCCUGGGAACCUCCAUAUGCCGCGGGAGCAGCCCAAGAAAUAGCAAAAAGACAAAAAAAAAAAAAAAAAAAAAAAAAAAAGAGAGAGACUCAUUUUUUUUGGUUGUCAUUUUUGUUUUUUCUUAAACAUUUUUCUAUUCGUGUUGUCACACAGUGUCUAACACAUAGUGGGCCCUUAACGCUGGUUUGGAUUUCAGUUUGAUAGUUUGAUGUCUACGAUCGCAAAGCUUUAAGGUCCAUGAGUACUGGGAGGUAGGGAUAGACAAGAAUAAAACUUCUUUCCCGAGAAAAAUCAUGUGUUAUGUAAUAAUUUUAGAGUGAUGGAGACAUAGAUAUUUUUAUAAUUUUAAAAUAUGUUAUCCUGCCAGAAUGUAAGAAGAUUGACAGAGCCGGUUUGCUUGCUGUCUAUUUAUAGAACUUGGCCACGUCUAAUUCAGAGAAGCUGGAGAUUCAGGGAAGCUAGACUUAGAUGGCUGAGUAAUAUGGGAUGUGGUUCAAGGACUGUAGAGCAUAUCAGGCUAUUACUGCAAACUACUUAUAACACAGGAAAUGUGAUAUAUGGCUGACUUCGUAUUCCCACUGUGGUGAGGUAGGGAUAAGCAUUUCUCUGUGGCUUGUCAGAUUCCCUUAACCUUGGGCCACUCUCUUAACAGUGGCCAUCGAGAGAUCACGCAGAGUGCCCCUCGCCCUGCCUUGGCUUGCCAUGGCAAACAGUCUUAGAAGAAUCACUGUCUAAGGGUAAGAUGAGAGCUCCCUGAACUAUUCUGAGCUGGAGUGUUUGCUGAUGCGAAGCUAAAUUUAGCCAGCAUGUGUCCAGUGUGGUCAGAGGUUUGAUUCAUUGAACAUUCUGAUUGACAGAGACAGUGCCAAAGAAUGCUGGAUGAGUUAAGAGCAGUGAGUUAACAGUUGCCCUUCACCCCCCCUCACCCAUUUUAAAAUAGGACAAUUUAGCUACAGCAUCCUAUCAUUAAAUACCAAAUCUUAUAGAGGACCAUGGGCGGAGAAGGUGUGAAAGAUGGGGUCAAGUGUACCACCUUCUUAGAGGAUUGGUUUAAAAACAACACCCUAACAAUUAACUUUGCCAUAAUUUGUAUGUUCCUAAAAGCAUCAUGCUGACUGUGCAGGCCAAAGUUUUGAUUUAGAUUCCACUUGGGGUUUAAUUUAGUGAUCCAUCUUUGCACCUUCGGCAUGUAAACUCCGGUAGAGAGGAUCUUAGGAAUUCUCUGUGUUUUGGGCAUUUACCUAUGCCUGUUUUCAGCAUCACAAGUCUUGCUCUUAACCUGGGUGUCUUUAUUCAGUGAAGUGUGUUACUGUUCCUCUAGGAUAGAAGUGUCCUCCUUAAUUCUGAAGUGUUUCUCUGACUUGCAGAAUGAAGACUCGAGGUAAUAGCAACAGUGCGAGUCUGGUUGGCACACUACUGAGCCCUGUUGCAGCUCUCACUGUUGUGCAGUUUGUUUCCUAUUGGAAAAGUAUUGAUUUGGAACCUGGACUGAAUGGUUAUAACCGCAGCUUUGGAACACAGGUUUGGGAAGAAUUUUUUUCCUCUAAGACCCUUUUUUAUCUGUGUGUAUCUGUUGAUCGGCUCAAGGACUUGCUCCCACAACUACUGGACCUGGGAGGCAUGGGUCGCAUAAAACCUCCCUGGGUUCUCUCCUAUGAAGGAUGUCACCAACCACUGCCUCUCCCCUUUCUCUUAUCCACCAGGUGACUUUAAUGUUACAAAAUGUAGGCUAAGUGAGGCCUGGGGUGGAGCUUUAUGGAAAUAGCAGCAUAAUGUAGAAGAUAUUCUCUUCAUCCGAAGCCCAAGGACAUGGUCUGCAUCAGUGUUGUCACUCCAGGAAAUGCUCAGUAAGUCACAGUGGUGUUAGAAUGCCUCAAACUCAAAGUUAAGAAAAAGCUACAACCUGUUCUUUAUCCUGGUGAGAAUGGAGCCGAGCACUCAGUGCGGCUAGCACUGGCUGGGGGCCUUCUUGGUGCUGUACUGCACUGGCCGUGGCCAUGGCUGCAGACUCGGGUAAGGAUUGGGGUUCUUUUCCCUAGGAGCUCAUCAUCCAGCUGAGGUGCGAGAAGGGGGCAAGCAAGGGAAGGCCAUCAAAGGUCAAAUGCUGGGCAGAAUGUGAAGAGUAGGGUCGGUGCCCCGCCUGAAUUGCUAUGGGAAGGAGAGAGUCUAAUGGAUUGGGGAGAGCAUGAAGUAUGUUUUGGAGCCAUGGUUCUCAAUCCUGAGCCAGCCCCAGAAUCAAUCACCUGGAGGGCCCUGCCCUGGGAUAUCUGAUUGUGUAGGUCUGGGGUGGGGCCUGGGAAUGUGGGUUCCUAACUUCCCAGGUGAUGCUGCUGCUGGCCAGAGCCCGCACUUAGAGACCUACUGACUUUGGGGAAGUGAUGCUUGAAUUGAACUUUUGGGGUAAGAAUUUGGGCAGGCAGGUGGGUGGAGAUUGCAAAAUUCUUAGUGGAAGUUACAGCAUGACCCAAGGUUCUGGAGAUAAGGAAGCCCCAGUAGUCCAGCUAGAGAAACGGGUAGAUAAGGAUGGAGUGAUGUUGAGAACCUUGAAAUACUACCUUGUGCCUAUGCAGGCGGUAGUCAAAGAGCCGAGGGGGUUAGUGCAAAAAAGUCAUAUAACCAUAAUUAAUCCCAGGAUAGUCUGGUAGCAGUACUAGCCAACACCAGCUGAUUGGCACUGUCCACUUGGGGGGCUGUGUUAAGAAGGCUUCUGAGGCUGAGGAUGGACCCAGGACUGUGAUGAGUGGCUUUUGCCAUGGAUAGAGAAAUAGGGGAUGGUGAUUGUUUCACCCUGUGUUUGCCAUCCCUGGAUGGGAGGGAGACAAGUUAGGAGAGUAUUGGAAUAGCUGUGAUAAAAGGUAAUCAGGAUCUCUAUUUUGGUGCUAUUCCUCCAACCCUAUAUAAGGAUUUAUAUAGGAUAGCAGAGUGGAAAUGGAUGGAAGAGGUACUGCUUAAGGUAGAAUUAUCCAUUUAAUUCAGUGGAAAUAUGUGGUGGUGGAAAGAAACCGUGGGUACAAGAAUAAGAUGUAGACCCUGCUCUCAAGGAACUCAGCCUAGAGAGCUACAUAGUUAACGCACAGUUGAGACUCUGGUGUUGGAGAAAUUCACAGAUAGCUUCCUGGAGGAGAUUCUGGAGUCUCAGACCUUUAGUGAAGGUGAGCCAGGAGAACUGGUGGUAUGUCAAGCCAGGGCCAGGGGGCAGUGGGCGCAGGGGUGUAGCCUGGGGAAGAGGAGUCGCCGUUCCAAGCAGAGCAGUCACCCAUUCUGGUGUGACACAUAAGGGAAUUGUGCUUACACGAUGCUGGGUAGCAGGGUUGAGGCGGUGAGCUGUGGGGGCCAAAUGGUAAGGGUCACGGGGUCCAUGUUAAAGGCCUUAAGAGUUUGCACUGUGGACUGGGAGGGCCUCUGAGGUCAGAUAGGUCACUGGGGCGGGGGCGAGGGGUGCAGUGUGGAUGGUGCAUUUACGGGAAAGCAGGUGAGGAGAGCGGCUAGGAAGCCAUGCAGUUGUCCAGGUGCCCAGGGGCCUGCAGGUCAGGGCUGUGAGAGCAGAGGAAUGGGACUGUGAGGUGUGGGGACAGGAGUGGUGGCAACUGUGACUGCAUGGCUGUGGGAUGGGUAAAGGGUUGUGACUAAAACAGGGCUGGAGGCCAGGAGAGGGCCAUGGUUCACUAAGGGAAAUGAUGAAUUUCGGUUUUUCAGCUGUUUGGACAUACUUGUAUCAGUAGCCAGCAGGCUGUCAGAGAUGGGCCUAAGGCUUGGGCUGGAUGUGUGGGCUAUAAAUGCUAAUUUGGGGAGUCCUUAGCAUUUUUGUGGCUUGAAAUCACACGGGUAGACACACUCGCUCAGGGAGUAAUAUCCAGAGUGCAUACAGUGGUCUGGGAAUAGCAGCAUGGAGGGAGGAGGCACAGGCCCGAGGAAAGAGGAGAUGAUGUGACAGGGCGAAGGAGAACCCAGACAUUCAGGGCCUUUCCAAAAGGGAGACUUGAUCAGCAGGGGCUACUGCACAGGUGGUGGGAGCAGGGAGAGAAAUGCAUCAAGUUGCUCAGAACUUGGAGAGUGGGGACAGCAGGCCAGGGGGAGGUGCCUGAUAAGCCCUGGGAGUCAGGAAAGGGACCUUGCAUGAGCAAGGUGGAGGAUGACCCCUGUCGGGGGCAAGGGGGUGUUGUUUUGGACCCCAUUUAAUAGUGGCAUUAGAAAGUUGUGGAGCCCAAGGAACAGACUGGGUUAGAGGUAUGGUUUCGAGAGUCAUUUGCUGAGAAAUCAACUAGGUAAAACCUUGGGGAAAGUAGUUUGGGGGAGGUGGGGCAGGAGGAUAGAAUUGGCCAAAUAAUAACUAAAGUGGGAAUCUGAUCUGGUUCAUGGAGGCCAAGCCCACAGGCACACAGGUGCCGUUCCUGUGGAACAUGCCUCCCCCUGGUAGUGGAAGGGCUGUACCUCUGGGACGGAGCACUGCUGUAGAAGUGGCCCAGCUGGAGAAGUAUUCCAGCCCCCUUCCAUCCUCCUCCAAUUUUUUAUUCAUGUCAUCCUGUUUCUUAAUCCACAUCAUCUGGGGUCAGUGUAUGAUUCAGCCAAGGCAAGAGUUUUGAAGUCUCUUUCUCCUCGGGAGUUUGGAAUUUAAAAUGGAUUUUCACCGGCGCUAAGGCAUUGGUGCUGGAAAGUGUGGAAACCUACUUCUUAAGAAUCUGAAACUGCCUCUGUGCCUGUGGCAGGAUUGACCUGGUGGGACCUUUAAGUACAGGGGAAAUGAAUGCCAAGUAACAGUGGGGAGCCAGCACCACUGGGGCUUAUGCAGCCCUGAGAUGGGGGCAAGCAAGGGAGGCGCACCACCUGGGGGGCAUCAGACCCGGAGGCUCCUGCUGUCAAUGAGGGACUGGCUGGCACCACGUGUUGCUCCUGGUGAGUACACAGGGGCAGCAGGGGCAUGGCAGGAGGUGGCCAGGCACUUCCUUGGUCAGAGUGCAUGUGGGCUUGGAGGCCCUUUUCUCUGAAGCUCCUGGGGCCCUUUAAAGUCUCCCUCUCCACCCAGGCAUGGCAGCAAGAAUGAGAGCGAGCUUCCGGCCCAGCAACUUUUCAAUGAAAAGUUUAUUAGAAGGGCACUUAACAGGGGGUAGAGAAGGAGAGAGGACACAGUUCUUUAACAAUGGGUACAAUGCUUAAACAGGUGCUCUGCUCUUAAGAUACAAAAAGUUAGAAAAGUCUAAAACACUAUAAAUACAUACAUGCUUUUUACAAAGGUAUUAAAAGGUCAGGCUGGCUGAGAAGGGCAGGCCAUCAGCAUCCUCCACGCUCCUUCCCCACCCAAACGCACACCCAGCCAGGAGUCCCGCACAGAACAGCCUCGUGGCAACAGCAGCAGUGAGUAAGUGGAGGUUCUUGGAGGAAGGUGGCUCCGUCCCUGGGUACAGUUCUCACCCCUAGGAAGGGACAGGGGCUUGGUUCAGAGGACCCCUGCGGGAGCACCUGUAUUUGACCCAGAGCUGCCUGUGUUCACACGCUGCCGCACAGUAAGCCGGCCUGGGUUGGUGGUUCCAGAGGCCGAGCCACUGUCCCCGCCACCAGCGUUCAGAACUGGCUGUGCCCCAGCUCUUCCCAGCCACUGUCCUUGGGAGGGAGGAGAGACUUCCAACUGUCUUCAAAAAAUUAAAUAGUUAUCUGUCUCCAAUGUUUUUUAAGAAAUUAUUACAUAAAUAUAAAAACACCAGAAUGCUCGAGGGUACAUUACUUCAGCAUAAAACAAAAUUACAGAAUCACUUGAGAGCGCUUCUCAAUCCAGUUUACACUCUAGGCGAGCUUUUUCUAUGUGAUAGCUGUAUUUUUUCGGAAAGUUUGCCUGAAUACCGAGGCGUUUCCCUGCUCUUCCAGCCAAGAUGCCUCAUCUUCAUGACUGCUGUGUACCCUCUUGGGCACAGUUCUCUGAUUUCCCACCCACUUGAGGAGUGGCUGGUGCUCCUGAAGGACGAUUAUUAGAAGGGGUUCUGGAAGGGAACAUCUACGCCACACCAAGAAAAACAGUUCAACUUAGCGAAGUUGAGGUUUUCCUCCAGCAAAGUGGGGAUGUGUGGAUUUUGGGAACGCACCCAACACUGCCAUUUAAAGUCACACAGUAAGACACAGGGUCCAGAACUAAACUCGUGCCCUCACUUGCUACCGGUAACCCCUUGGUUACUGGUCCCGUGAGCAGUCUGCAGAUCCCUGUCCCUCCCUUCUUGUAAGAGCUACAAAAAAAGGCCAAAUAUGAGCUCUGGCCCUGCAGCGACCCUCUUGGAGCCUCAGAAAUGGCAGCUUGGGGCUAAGGAUGAAAUCCUCGCUCUGCCUUCUCCCCAAGCCACCCACAUACAUGCACAACAUGCACACAUUACUUCAAGGAAACCUUUUUCUGCGGUUUGAGUAAAAGCAUUGAGCCCUGGAAUAUGUCCAAACUCUAGGAAGCCAGAGGGAGAUGGAUGAAAACAAACUAAGCACAAGAUGUGUGCUACAGCUCAUUCCAAUACAUUAACAAUGAUUUAAAAAAAAA